UUUCGCUUGCCCUACUGCCGAGUUGUUCUUUUCGAUUGCCGUCAACCAUGGCGAAAGACAAAGAGAAGCGGAAAAAGAAGAAACACAGCAAGCCCGAGAAGGAGAAGGUCAAGAACGUGGUGAAGGAGAAGAAAAUCUCUAAGAAGCACAAACACAAAUCCGAAAAGCCCGAGAAGAAAUCGAAGAAGAAACACAAGAAACCAGAGAAAUCUGGAGUGCCUGAACACGAAGUAGUCUCUCUGGUUUAUCCUCCUUCCACUCCAACCCCAAUUUCUACAAACGAUUCGGACUCGGGUUCCGAGUAUGAUCCUAAAGACCUCAGGCAGCUGUUGGAAUCCUAGUCGAAGGAAGAACUCGUCGACCUCAUCUGCACGAAUGCCGAGAAGGGUUCUCGGCUAAUCUCCGCCGUCCAUGAGUUGGCGGACCGCAACGUCGCUCAGCGGAAGAUAUUCGUGCGCGGUCUCGGAUGGGAUACGACGAGUGAGAGCCUCGAGACGGCCUUCGAAUCCUACGGUGAAAUAGAGAAGUGCACCGUGAUCAUGGACAAGGAUACGGGCAGAGCUAAAGGGUACGGCUUUGUGUUGUUCAAGACGCGUAAGGGCGCGAUGAAAGCACUGAAAAGUCCACAGAAAAAUAUGUAUAAUCGCACCGUUGUCUGCCACCUCGCGUCGGAGAGGCCACCUGGGGUUGGAAAAGGGCGGGAGAUGGUUGAGCAGGUGAAAAUCGACUUGACCCAGAUGGGUAAUAGUCACAGCGAAGUGUCCGGGCUCGAGCUUUCUCAUGGGCAUGUAGUCAACAAAGCGCCGCAACAUCAUACCGGGCCGGUAGUUUUGGCCGGACAAAGCAUGCCCUUUUUCGGACAGCCUUCUGGUUUUAACCCAAUGUAUGGUGCAGUGAUGGGUAAUCAAGUUGUUUCUGGUCUACCGAACUAUGCUGUAUUUGGUUCUGGUAUGAUGAACCAGGGCUUGAUGGUGCCACCGAAUCACAUGGGUAUGGCGAGCCAAAAUUUUGCUGAUGGAAGCGGCGUCGGUGUCGGCGAGCGAGCUUGGUAUCUGAGGUCAUAGACUCAUAGAGAUGGAGUUGCUGGUUAGCGACAUUCUAGGGAAUCGCCUGACAGAAAUGUGGUAUGGCUACGUUAUCUUAGUUGAGAGCUACUUAUGUUGUUAUCUAGGAUUAGCCUAUUGAACCUUGCAUAAGCUUUGGUUGGGAUAAAGUAAAGGUUUUUUUUCCCUGUUGCUUCUCAGAUAUGCUUCGUUUUGUAUGAACCUUGAUUCUCAUUCUUGCAACUCUCCAUAUCCAGAAGCUUUUACGUUUCAAUAUGGUUUCUGUCUCUCGCUCCUGGUUUUGAUCCUAGAUUUCCUAUUUUGAGGAUUGGUUUCUUCAAGCCCCCAUUCUUGUUU